AUGUAUUUAAGCGUAACAUUUGUACUUCUCAUUGCUGGAACAAGUCUGGUACAGGUUAAUGGUAAGUUUCCUGCAAGAAUCGUGCUAGAAUAUUUCUCACGGAAAUAAAUACUUGAUAUGAAACUGGACAUAACAGGGUUGAACUUCGUAGCGGUAGUUGAAACCCAAUUGAACGUCUUUAUAAAUUCGAAUAUAGGUCUUUAUGAUCUUUCAAAAGUCUUUGAAUUUAAACGAAAAAGGGAAGAAAAGGCUUUAACUUCUUUAAUAUUUGAUUUAUACGAUACCCUGGCUAAUAAAUUAGAUCGAUUGCCGAAAGAUUUUCCUAUAAUAUCGAAUUAAGAAAAGGCGCAUUUUACGAUUGACGGGUCUAUAUAUAUAUAAUUACUGGUGAAAAUGGCUCUUGCAAUCGAAAUUUUUCAACAGCUGAUUGCUCUCAAAGUUCUCCAAAGAAAAAGUCAUUGAAAGUCUUUAAAUUUUUUUACCUUUGUGACUACGAAUCUGCAUAACGUUUAGACGUUUUUGAAGGGGAUUAAAGAAACUUAGUGCUUAGCUCAGUAUAGGCUAAACAUUUCGUUGAUAAAAGAGAACAAUUUGGAUAAAACGGAUUUAAGUUCGUAAGGUGCAUGGAACGUUGUCAUGAAAGUUUGAUUUGUGGUCGUUCUAUAUGUGUAGCAGUUCUAUAUGUGUCAGUUGUGUAUAUAUAGCGUUCACUGGUUUCAAAAUGUAUUUCUGCUCUAGUGGAUUUGUCCUGGGAUUUGGCUACAUAUAUAUCGGAGAAGCCCUUGAUCUUCUUUUUGAGCAUUGCGCACUUAUAUAUACAAAAGUCAAGCUUGAAACCCUUAAUUUGUUAUUUUUAGUUUUCUUUUAAGUCAUAUCAACCUCCUGCGAUGCAUGUAGUUUUAUGAGAUUGCUAAUAUUUCUUAUUAACACAAACAGACGUACACUCAGUCAGCAUGAAGGGGCAUAUCAUUCUACCAAAUCACUCAAAUAUUAUAUGUCAUAUUGGAAUAUUUUAAACUUGAAAUUUUCAAGUUUGUGUAUGGAGUGUAUACGCAGAAGGGAUGCACAAACGGCCACACUACUCCUUUAUAAGUUUACUUCACAUGAUGGAAACCUAACCCAUUUUUGUGAGUUUGCUGUCUUUGUGUGCUCGUUUAGUUUUCCCCACUUCUUUCUCGCUUUUAAGGCCGCGUUUGCCAUCAACGUUCGCUUUGCCCGCGCGGGCGAAGCGUUCAUUGUUUUUGAAGCCCGUCACGCCCGCGUGAGCAGAUUUUCAAAGCCCGCUCCGCCCGCGCAGGCAAAGCGACUGCAAUGGAAAAUUGCCUAAAGUUACCCAUUCAAAUCUCGAUUCAAAGUCGCUUUUAGUUACCGAUUCAAAUGUCAUCAUGUAUAUAACGCUUAAUAAUGGAUUAAUGGUACUUAAUUAAUUGCGCGCUUAUAUUUUAGGUAACUGGUUAAGAGAACGGAAACGCAGCCUACCCAAUGAGGUCACCUUGAAUGGGGUUGUCAAGAAGUGUGGAAUAGAGCUGCAGGAAGCCGAGAAGUGCAGCUGCCGAGCCCUGAUUUGUGAUGGUCAGCAGGCAUGUGAACACGCAACAGGGAUUAUGGGCGGCUUCCGGUACGUGAUUAAUUGUAAGCUGACGAAACCCUGGGACCAAAUCGACACACAAGCUGCAACCUUUGGAGGGCCUGCGGACGAUUGUACCUGCAUGGGUAGAGCGAUACUCGCAUGACUAGACGCGUGGACUAAGUUCUAGUUUACGGUUUGACUCGUUUAUCUAAGUUAUAUAUCGACUGAGGAAUAUAAAUGAAAUAUAGCAAAUAUAUAAAAUUACAGAAACUGAGAUAAUAUAAUACGGAGAUACUCGAUGUAUAUUAAAUUAAUGAUGAAGAAAAUGUUAAUAAAAAUUCAAUAUUUAUUUCACCGUGAAUUUGUGGUUGCUUACAAUAUGAUUGGCAAAGGAGUAAAAUAUAAAGCAAAAGUUUAGGAUUUUCCUCGAAAGAACAUAUUAAACCCAGUCCCCAUUUUACUCAUUCAGAAUCUUCUAUAUGGGAUUUGGCAACAGUGGGUAGGUGACAGGAAUUCAGCCAAAAAUAUAUGGCUGGGAAUUUAUGAGAUUGAAAACUCUUUUACGACACUAAAAAACGUAUGGUGCAUGCAUUUUUAUCAAAUUCCUUAUAAAUGGCUGGAUAUUUUCUAAAGUUAACAAGAAGGGCCAAAAUCGCUUUAUUUAAUCCUGUGGUGAAAAUGACGUAAUCUCACAAUAAAAUUAUGACGUCAUAUGACGUCAUAUCCUUGACAGUCAAUUGCAUAUAAAUUUCUGACCGACAAUAAUUAAACUAUAUUAAUACAAGUCAAUAUUAUUCGUUUAUUCAUGGCUCAUGCAUUUUCUUAUUGACGUUUUAAAUCGUCUUACAUAGGCGAAAGUAAACAAUUUAAAGUGUUAAUAUUAUAAUAUAUAUACCUCCUACAUUUCAGUGUCAGUAAUACCUCCUAUUUUAUUAACUGUGGUAAUACGUACAGUAUAUCACUAUAUCUCAUGCACGUUUAUUGGACUGAUCGUUUUCAGCACACGCUCUACCCCCUACUGCCUGGUUCAUCUCGAAAAGGUAGAUUUCCUAAAAAGUAACCGCAUACCAUAACUUAAGUUUUCGGUUUACGGCCUUCCGUUCCGCAUAUAUUUAAUCAAGAGUUCAGCCAAUAUUGAAAUUGAACUGAAAUUCUUCAAACACUACAAUUGAAAUUUGAAAGUCUGAUGUGUGUCAGACAGUCGAAUUUUGCUCAACUCCCCAUGCUCAACUUGUGGUAGAUUAUACGAAGAUUAUCAAAUUUUAUACUGAUAAAUGUAACAGUUUAAACUAAUAGUGGUUUAUGCUGAAGAUAUCGUCAAAUAAUGGCUUUCCAUCAAGCGAAUUCCACUUGGAGCGAACAAACAAUUAUGAAUCAAUGUCUCGUAUCCUACAUCGUAGAAUCACCGUCUGAGACCUAUAUCAACAUCACGAUCGCUGCUUGUGUUAUAAACGCCAUCUUCCUCGUUCUCGGAUUCACUCUCAACUUCUUGGUGGUCGUGAUUUUUUCUUCCUGCCAACAACUUCGUUCUAAACUGACUUUCUUUCCAAUAUUGGUGCUAUGCUCUGUGGAUUUGGCGACAGUGGUGGUGGUUCAUUCGUUAUUUUUGUUACAAGCCGUUGCUGAAAUACGAGAAACUCCGAAAUGCUCGUACAAGGUCGCGUAUUUCUCAGUGCUGUAUAUUUUUCCCGGAAUGUCUGCGUCGACAUUGCUGCUGAUGAACAUCGAAAGAUACAUAUCUAUUGUUCGACCACUUUGGCACUUUCGUAACGACAGGAAGAAGCAAAAAUUCAUGUGUGCUUGUGUGCUUUGCUGGCUCUUAAUGGUGGCCAAUUUAGCGUGUCGGCUGUUUAAGCCGUCGUAUUCAAAAGCAUUUACCAUGGCUGGUGUUAGUAUUGCUUGUCUUAUAACGCUUUUUAUUUACGUAUCGAUAUUCUAUGUCGCACGAAAUCGACGGUGUUUAAGAGUCAACGAAGAAACGAACGCAAAUAUCGCACAAGAAACAAGCGGGAAUAGAACUAACUUUCUUCACGACUUAAAGAUAGCAAAAAUGUAUUUCCUAGUGGUGAUAUUAUCAUUUAUAUGUUACCUCCCAAUUGGUAUAGUGGUGUUUGCCACAAAGUACCCAUGGCGGGAAAACGAAGCUAGACGGACGCUCUUGGCACAAGUUUAUACUUGGGCUAAUACGUUUCUUUCCAUCAACUCCACUUUAAAUUGUCUGGUAUUUUUCUGGGCGAACGCAAGGUUUCGGCAAGAGGCAUGGAAGCUGUGGAAACGAGUUUUUACAUCAGAACAAUCAUCAAGCCCAUCAAGCAGCACUUGACGUGUCAGCUAUAUUAGGAGAUACUCGGAUAUAUACUUGCUGGAUAUUUAUGAGAAGAAAACUGCUAACAUCCUCAUACAGUUCUCUUCCAUUUUGACCAAAUUGCAACCAUAACCUUAAAACAUAAUUCAAGACCAAAUGUUGAAUGAUUCACGUACCACAUUACUAUCUCGAAAUGACGUGUCGAUUCAGUGGCGAAGCUGUAGCCAUGGCAACUGGUCAUGCUGUGCCAUUGAAUAUCAGUGUGCUAUGCUUAUAAAUCUGCAGCUAAAUGGUUAAAGACAAUACAUUUCUCAGUAAAGGUUUGAGUGGUGCAAAUCAUUAAAAAUUUGCAUAGCAUGACUUGUUGCUAUGGCUAGAUUGAGUAGAUUAGGGAACGAGGUCAGAGGUUAUAGCAAUAUGGCAUUUAUGAGAAAAAGAAAUGGUUAUAUAAUAUCAAGAGAACUGACCUAUCGGCCCCUAUGCUAUGUUUUGUUAUGCUAAAGUUAUAUGUAUAAUGAAUAUUUGCGCUAUAUUAAAAUGAACUAAUCCAUAUCACUAGUCGCUAAAUAUGAGGGGGACUUUCCAAAUUACUAGACAGGUUAAACUACGAUGCACUGUCAAAACAAAUCGGUUAAAACAACCAAGACAAGUCUGAGAUAACCAAUUUCUUGGUUGUUUUAACCAAUUUGUUUUUACAGAGUGGUUCCGAUUUACGGACAGCAUCAUUUUGGUCAGUAAUUUUCACCAUAUGUGCAAACUUUUUUUGUCUUCUCACAGUCCACUGAGAAAGAACGUGUACGGUAAUAAUUACAAGAACAUAUAGACAUCAAUGAAAAUUGCUAAACAAAAUGACAUAUCGUAUUAACCUCUAUCAACAUAAACCAAUCUUAUAGAUUUAUAUAUAGGAUUAGGAUAAAUCUCGUUUCCAGAGCUUUCUUCAAAGAAAGCUCUGGGAACGAGGUUGGAUCAGAAUUAAGAUUAGUGUUGGGAUUGGAUUAGAUUUAGUUUGAAUUGCGGUUCGUAAUUUCGUAUUACCAUCCUGCCUCGCGCAUUACGUCAUAGUAAUUCUAAUAUUACGUGUACCGGCCCACCGGCUUACUAAUUCUAAGCCGGCCAUGCAUAGGCAUGGUAAAUAUAUGCCUAUGCCAUUUUUUUAUGUUAUUGAGACCUUGGCACUUUUGCUAUAUGGCAUUUGCCUUUCCAUAAUUAUGCCCUGUGCCAUUUAUUGAGACCUUUAAUUUAGAAAUAUAUUAAUCAUAAAGACACUUAAGCUUAGCAUGACUUGUUGCUAUGGCUACUCAGUUCUAGUUCAACUCUUACUGAAACUUAAUUAUGCAGUUGAAUUGAUCUGCUGCAAAGGAUCUGCUGUUUAAUUUUUCCCGUAACGCGGUUGGUCAUUGUUUCCUAUUUUUUAGUAUACAGGGUGUAUAAAAAAAUGUACCCCCUUUCAAAUUCAAAUUUACUGACAAAGAAAUAAGCGAAAUUAAAAUAAAUUCAGUCUCAAAAAACACAAAACUCAAAAGCUUGCCAAAAAUACUAAAACAAUUAUUCGCCUCAGGCUCGGCAGGAUAUGAUGGUCUGCAUGGAAACUGAACAGAAGUCUUGUGUUAUGUUUCUGUAUAAGUUUAUGUUAUUUGUGCAGUCAUGGUGAUUGAGUUAUGCUGUUACUUUAUUGAUGAUUUGCAUUAAAAAAAUUACACGUUUUGGUAACACCUGCAUGCUCGCCUGCGCAUUAUUUUUAUUGCUUGUCGACAACGUCUACACGUGCUCCUUGUAUUUAAGACUUGAGUUGUAAAAUUCACGUAUACUAUCUUCAGUAGUACUGUAAUACUAUAGAAAAGUGUAUAUAGCUACCUAAAAAGUCGUCCAGAAAAAUGUUGAUUUUUCUGCCUUAUUUCUUUGUAUUUAAGUUACAAAAUUCACGUCCGAUAGUUUCAGUUUGCUCGUGCACAAAUUAACAUAAACUCAGACAAAACAACACAAUAUUUAGUUCCCAGACCAUCUGCUCUUAGUCAACUAGUAGAACGAGUAAUUUUUCAUGUAUUAUUAUAAAAAUAACACUGAUUGUUUUCUAGAUUCCAAAACUUAUUCCCUUUCAUUUAUAUAGAGUGAUUCCAGAAAAGAGAUAUCUGCCCUGCCCUCAAGGAGAAAAUGUCUGCCGUCCGGAGGGGGAGGGGAGAAAAAUUGAAUUGCUUUUGAAGGGAGGGAGGGGGUAACUUCCCAUUUCCUCUGUGGGGGUAUAGAUGUUUUCUGGAAUUACCCAUUUGUACACUGUUUCAUUAUGUCGACCCUUACUAAAAUGCCAACUGUGAAAAAUAAAUAUAGAAUGAAAACGCAUGCCUCAACGCUGCGAGAAAUACAAAACAUAACCAGAUGCCGACACGUUAAGAGCACUCCAGAUAAUAAAUGCAAAAACGUCAAUAUAUACAUCAUCUCCAUAGCUUAGUCUCAUAGUCCUUAUCCCGGCACCUGUUAACCCACCAAUAAGAAGCCACGGUUUUUUCCAACAAAUAAACAAACAAUGAACAUUAGGCACACACAUCAUUUGCCCCAUGUUGCAUGUAUGCAUGGGAGUCUGAACAGUGCCAGUGUCUGCGAGGAAAAGUUUCACAAUUAUAAAUAUUCCUCGAAAGAAACUUGGAUUGACAGCUAGGUGGAGAGUAUUCGUCUCAAGAAAAGCAACGUACUGAAAAUAUUUGAAGUAAUAGCAACGAGAAACCAGCUAUUAGCAAAUAUUGGUGUUAAUACGAUCACGUAUAUACUAUACACAAGUGAAAAAUGACGCGUAAGUUCUUAAUAACAUAUAUUUUUUUGUACUUUUCUCUUUUUGAUUGUACUAUCAUCUCUAUUGCUGCAUGCUUUAUGAAAAAAGAAAUUGAUUUGAAGCUUUUUCUGUGUGUAAAUGUAGAAAAAUGGAGGCAUAAUAGUAUUCACUGUAUGAACAAUACGUAUAGGAAGAAAUUAAUCAUCAUAGGCGUACAAGCGCGGGAAAGAAUUAGGGGGCCACAUAAAAAUUUGUCCGACAUUGAUGAAAAUUGCCCGAUAUUAUAAUGAGUUUAUUGAUAGAUGAAUAGAAGGUAAAUAUAGAAGGGGCAUGCACAUCUUCCAUACAGACGCGCGGACAUAAAGUGAAUCUUAAAUUAAAACGAUAAAUAAAAAUAUAGAAGCGUUUACGAGUGUUCCUUGAAUUUCAUUCUUUAAGAUAUGUCGAAAUCUCCUCACUCUACGGAGUGCAAUUUGAAUUUAAUGAGAAAAAAAUCAAUUUGUCAUUGAGUUUCUCUGACUAAACAUCUCAACAUUAAUAUCAUGACAAAAUUUUUUAGGAAGUAUAUCUGCCUGACUAAACACUAAAUGCAUCGAGGAGGGGGCUGCAGCCUCCCACCCUCCACCACUCCCUCUGUCUCAUACGAAAGCACAUUAACAGCUCGGUAAAGUAAAGAACAGCUGGCAGUGAAGUUGCGACAUGAAGGUAUUAGUUCUCCAUGCAAACAUAAGGCUGAGCAAUUUAAAAUGAUCGUUCAGCUAGCUUUGUCUUCGUAUAUAUAUCUUGGUUUUCCAUUUUAAAAACAAAAAAUCGCACAACAAAAGUUCACCUCAAAACCACAACGAAUUUCGAUCAAAACCGAAAAUCGCAACUUAGUCGGUUUGUCACGUAUUCUUCUUAAAUAACAUUAAGUAUAUGCAGUCUGUGCUACGGAUCUUACAGGCCUAUUAAGUACGAGCCUGUUUCAAAACUUCCUUGACAGCAGAGUCUUAUAUAUAGCGCUCAGUUUGGUCCCAUGAUUGAGACAGGUAUAAUUAUACCUGAAGUAGGGUUAUAUACUUUUUCCGCCGCAUGCACUUCAACGUUGAAAGUGUCACUUUCGUCCCUGUCUGGCAGCAGAAAAAAAACACUGGAAAAAACUCAAUUCUGAAAUUCAUACUAUGGAAUUUGUGAUUGCUUCACUAAAUCCAUAGUAUAUCCAUACUAUUUCUAUACCGCAUCCAAAGUAUAUGGAAAUUGCAAUCAGUAUGAAAAUUGGAUUUCCAUAUUAUUUUCAACUAAGAUCCGUGCUAUUUUCAUGGUAAGGAUUUUGAAAAAGUUCCAGUGAAAAUGGCCGGAUAACUGAAGACAUCUUUGACCAGUGGUCAGGCUCCACCCAAUUGUUUAGUCAUGCAAUUGGGACUUCGCACAGCUAAAGGGUUCUGCAUGAGGGGCUUGUUACGCUGGGAAGUUUUAUAGGCUUUUCACGGGAUCCUCAAUUAUGGUAAUGAUGACUGCAUGGCAUGGUUUGCGUGUUUCUAUACUACAUGUCUGUUAAUUUCAAAACUUCAGAAAAUAAGACUUCUACUGAUCCAGACAAGGAAAAAUAUCUCCAUAUUUAUAAACAAGCUGUUGCCUUGUUGGAAAGCCGAUCGCUUCUAGGAGUAAGCUAGCCGGCCUUUGAACAACCGGCCCAAAGACAUUAGUUCUCCAAACAUAAGCUGAGUAAUUUAAACUAUUUUUCACUUUGUCUUCGUACAAACCUGCAUGCAUGCGCGAGGCUGGAGCGCUAACCCUGUAUGGGAAUUAGCUUGCCCGUUUGUGUAUUUCUGUACCUAUUUCUGCACAGUUUAUUUCACUGAAAACUUUAGCAAAAGCUGUCGAUCUGGACAAGAUUUUAUAAUAAGAAAAAUAUUUCCUUGUUUACAAACAUGCUGGUGGGAUGAUUGCUUUCAAGGUUUUGUUAACUUAAUAUUGGACCUGCAACCGGCUUUCGGACAGGUGGUCCAUGCUUCAUUAACUAUAUAGGAACGCUAGUAUAUGCAAGCAUAAGAAAAAGUCUGGCACGGCAAACCAAAAGCAACGAAAUGCAGUGCGAAGUCUGGGAUUUUCCGUGAGGGGCGUGUAAAUGAGUGAACAUUUACAACACAUACAACACCGCAAAUCGCAAAAAAUUUCGAUCACAACUGAAAACUACAACAGAUAACCAAACCAUGUUCAAGUCCUGAUACCACGACAGCGAAAUUCUUCGCAAGAAAUCGUUUUUGUGAAAUAUGGAUGAUUGCAAUUCUAUUGGAUUUUCCCACUUUUUUCGCAGCCAGAGUAGGACUGACGACUUUUUAUCUUUACUGUACUCCAUGCGAUAAUUCAUUUCGCGCGAAAUUUCUCGAAUGCGGUAAGACGCCAAACCCGAAACAGAAAAACUAAAAAUUGGCGAAAUCCGCAAAACCUAAAAUCCCAACUCUCCCUUGAUCCUUAAAAAAUAACGUUUUCCCUCUGUUUAAAUUCACUAGCCAGCCCAUCGCCAAAUACCACAAAUACCACAACAAGUAACCCGCGUCCAUACGAAAACGUCACUAUUCCAAUAUGGGGAUUCAAUUCCAGCUGUGAUUGGUUUACUGCAGUCAGAGUGGAUUUAACCAUAUCUUCCAUUGCAGUAUUCUACAAUUUCAUCAUAACCAUACUUCCGUUGUGUGCAUCCCGUAUGUACUGUAUGCAGGGAGCGGUGAUAAGUACCUACACAUGGGCUGCAUUCCUUGUUAGCCUCUACAGCGUCUUCUUUGACUCACGCCUACUGGGAAGCGGCAAGCAACAGUUGGAACACGAGGGAUAUAUAGGUUAUUUUCUUAUAUUGUUCCUAUGUUACCACUGUAUAUUCCAUAUGCACCUUCUCUCCUGGAAUCAGCAUCAUUCUGUGACACGUUUCAACGUCCAUCGCAGGUUAGUUCGUAGCUAAAUGAAAAUUUUAAAUAUGAAUUUUACACUAUACGUUCAUGAUAUUUUUGUGUGUGUUUUGAUGUGAUGUACUCAGGUGAAUAUAAUGUUUUUUUAUGUUACUCUGAGUGUGUAUCCACACCACAGGCUGAAAUAAAAGUUUGCCUGACCACGGUGGGAAUCGAACCGGCGACCUUUGGAAUAUUAGUCCAAAGCUCUGCCAACUGAGCUACAAGUCAAGUCUGUUCGAGCGUUUGGUAUUUCGGAACUAAGUCUAGUUCCUUCGAUAUACCAAUGUGUUCUAUGAUCAUGAUAUUUAUCACACUAUAUUUCAGAAACUGCGCUGCACGUUCCAGUAAAAUUUUUCACAACUGCUCCCGGUUAGGUGAUAACAAUCUUUAUUCAGGAGGCAUUCUCACAGAAGUGAUUUUCAGUCCAAUCAUGGAUAAUAAAAUAAAUGGAUAGGACUCUAGCUGACGUCACAGUCUAAACCUAGUUGCAAUCUGUGACGUCACACGUAUUGCAAUUAAGUUCUCGGCAUUUUUGUUGUUUCGCUAUACUUUCCGCUUUAAAAGAGUAAAUAUUGAAGCAUAAACUGAUCUAAUUGUUUUAAAAACAUGCCUAAGCCACGACAAAGUAUUCAAGGUAAAUGUUUUUCGUCUUUGUUUUGCAUUUUUUUUACAUUUGUAGUUACGAAAUUGGCGUCCCCAAUUUUAACGAAAUUUGGGAUGCAUUUUUCACUGUUUUAAUAUAGUGCUUGAAAUAUUUGCUAAAAUUCGGACUGGGAAUACUUAGAUAUUUCAUCGUAGAAUGGCGUAGUUAUAUUCAUUUGCUCGUUGACUAAAAUGUUUAGCUGUAUUAUUGCUAAACAUGCCGUUUUUGAGAAUUUGGUUUGCAACUAGGUUUCAACAUCCAAUCACGCCAUCAGCCCAUUGAAAACAUUAGGUCACGUCAGCUAGUUUCCUAUCCCAUUUAUUUUAUUAUCCAUGCUCCAAUAAAUGUAUAAAAAUUCCACUCGAAAUUCCCACCUAGAAAUCCCUUAGGGGCCAUUCACAAAGGAUGUCCGGCCAAAUGAUGGAUUUUCAGACCCCCCCCUCCCCCUUUGUCCGGCAUUGUCCGAAUUAGUGACCCCUCCCCCCGGACAUCAGCCAUGCCUCGCAAAAACUCACGCAACGUUGUAUAUGUCAAGAGUAAAAAACUUUUUUUACUUUUAGAACUUUUUUAUAACUAUAAAUAAAUGUGAAUACAAAAAGAUAUAAAUUACUAAUUAAAAUAAAAUCUAGUAUUAACCGCAUAGUCAAAAUGCCAAUUUCACAAUGGGAAGGAGCUCGAAAGCUCAAAAUAGAGGAAAAAGAAAUUUGUUUUUGAAUUUUUCAAAAUUUCGGACAUCCGGAUUGCUAAAAACCCCCCUCCCCCCUAUGUCCGAGUUUGUCCUGAUUUUCCAACCCCCCGGCUCGGACAUCCUUUGUGAAUGGCCCCUUAGCGAUUAGUUAUACCGACUGAGACGCCCAAAAUCUUGAUGUUUACCUUAAAACUGAACUUAAGCUACGUACACCAUUAUAUCUGCUAGAUUUAUAACGCGUUCCAAACUGAUCGAAGUUGAAUUUGUGGUCUGGGUAAUUGCCACCGUGUUUGCCCUUUUGGAAGUAUUCUUUAUCUACAGAACACGAAAGUAUCCUGAUCAGGAUCACGCGGCCUACUUUCAUCUCAUUGUCAUUCUUAUCUGCUGGAUGUUCUUCUGGCUUGGACCACUACUAUUGAUGUUGUCCUGGAAUGGUAUGGUGUUCAGUUUCUUACUCCAGGUUAUACACAAUGGUACUGUAACGAAGACACCACCUCAGGUAAGAACGAUUCCAUCAACUUAAACAGCACUGGUAAUGUCGUGGUCACCACAUUUGCCUUUCAAGAUUAACAUUUAAAUUUAUUGUAUUCGCACAUUUACAUACUGCACACAAAUACAGAACUACUACAAAUACAUAGAAUAUUACAGAAUGGGAGACCCGGGUUCAAUCCUUGGUCGGACAUCUGCUGAAGAUCUUAAAUAACUCGGAGGAAAAAAGAGCUACAUUAACAUCAAUAAAUGGUUAGACUUUCGUGUCUUCUCGGAUAAGGACGUUAAAUCGUAGGCACCUCCUAUCAAUUAGGCAAUAGCCUUUUAGAAAAUCUAAACUAAAACUAGACUAAACUAACUUUACUUGUACAGAGUACUGAAUUGUAUAAUUUCUAAACUGUUCUCAAAAAAGGUCAUGGAAGACCUUUUGCAUGAGUUUGCAUAAGAAAUCUAUUGAAGAUCCAGAGGGCGGAAUAUUUUCAUUGAUUUGAAAAUCAACCGUUUUCCAUCGUGCCAAGUCUUACUUUCCUCUUGUCUUAAAAACCCAACUUAAUUAAAACUAUAUACAGCUCUGCCAGUUCCAAAUAUAUUGUUCUCGUUAAUUAGAGGUCCAGUAACAGUCAUCGCUUAUAGUGGCCCAGUGUUAUUACAGGAGAAUACUUAAAUCAAACUUGCUUUAUCAUGAUACUGCUCUAACUGUUGUAUAAAUGUGCGGUAUGUGGUAAAGUGAAAUUAGUAUCAGAGAAUAAGCGAUUGCAGAAAGCAUGCUCGCAGAGAUGAGACACAUGCACUGCUGUGUCACCAACGGACUUAUGCCUCUGCAGACCCGAUGCCAUUUAUACGCUAUUUCAUAUUUGACUUUAUUAUAUAGCAUUUGUAAAUUCUGAACGCUGAUUGGCUAAGAGCCGUGUUGAUAUAACUCAAUGUCAACACGGAAAGUCGGAAACGUCGGAAAAUUUCUUUCUCAGUAUAUUUCUUUGUGCUAUAUUAUAAAACAAAUAUAAAACAUUUUUUCCGUAUUGAUAUAUAGUUAUAUCAACACUCGUGGAAAUUGGGAGAAAACUCGAAAUUGUGUGAAAACACUCCGCCCUUCGGGUGUCGUGUUUCCACACAAUUUCUCGUUUUCCCAAUUCCCACUCGUGUUGAUAUAAUAUGUAUAUCAACACGGAAAAUGUUUUAUAUUUGUUAAGUAUAGAACAGGUUCUUUCUAUCGAAGAGGGUCCCCCAGGGAUUUCUAGAGAACAAAGGAUAUCCUUGAGGAAAAAGGGAACAUUGGUGAAAUCUUUGUGGGGGUCAAGGGAGAAAUGUUCAAGGACUCACGGAAACACAGAUCCUCACUGGGUGAACCUCAUCGAAGUUGCUUUACUGAAAUGACUAAGACGUGAAUAAUUAACAAUUCCUAAUGUCGUUUAGCCUCCACUCGGAGGUGGAAAGUGCUUUUCAAGUAAUUUGAUUGGUUCCUCAGUUCAGGAUAUUCUUGCACAAUUCACUUCCGGACAAAAACAAAAUGGCUUCCUGUUUCGUCCCGGUUACGGACGAGCAAAUUUUUGUACUAAACGAAGCUGGCGUUUAAUUCGCCACAAAGUUUUGUUUUAACAGUGUAUAGAGGUAUUCUUUGAAGCUAUUUCUAAUGAAUAAAUUUACUAAAAGCGUGUAAAUAUACUGUUUUGUUUACAACCUCGUUUAAACCCAUUCAUAUGGGAGCUGAAAUACAAAUUUCUGUUUUCUGGUCGUUUUUGUUUUGUUGUGGUAUAUGCUGGAACAAUUAUUCACCUCAUUGUCGGUGAAUAGUCAUGCAAGGAUUGUUAAAGCCCUGGGCAAACUAGGAAACAUUGUUGCGAAACAUUGUUUCCUGCCAAUGUUUCGCCAUGUUUCCCAGAGUGGGCAAACACUAGGAAACAUUAGUGAGAAACAUAGGGAAACUUCUGUUUCUGAAUUUGCUAGGAAACAUUUUUGCUUCUCGGGAAGCAAAUUUUGUUUCCGCAACAAUGUUUCCAUGAGUGGGCAAACAGGGAAACAUUUGAGGAAACAUCACGAAUCACAAAUGUUUCCGCAACAAUGUUUCCUAGUUUGCCAGGGCUUAACUGUUGCUGCGAAAACUUUCUAGCAUCAACAGAUGGAUCAUGUUCUCUUUGUUUCCUCUUUGCGUUGUCGUACUUCCUGAAUCUUAAUCUCGAUUUAUUAGAGCCCUGAAAGAGAUCAUCCCGAGGUCUUUGGUGCAGACAAAGAAGAUGAAAUAUACGAAGAUCCACCCGAGUAUGCAACCCUUCCAGAUGAUGUCACCUUCCAAAUUACUAACAGCUUUGCAAAUAUCGCCAUGGUGACCACGUUUGCCACCAUAAUGAUACUGUGGUUCAGCUACCAUAUUCUGGCGAUAUUCCGCGUUAGCGAAGCUUUGAAAGAUUAUCACUUCUACGAAAUUAUCUACAACCGAUGCGAGCUUUACAUCUCUCUCUACGCUAUGGCCAAGCUCGUGCUUUUGCUAAACCCGUUUUGGUGCUUCUAUUACAGGAAGGAAAUUUACAACAUGUGUCGCGUUAGAAGACACGGUAUAACCCAUGAAUAAAGUCCAUGUUACACGAGGCAAUUUUUGCUACAACUUGCAACGCGAGUUCAGUUACAGAGUCAUGUUAUCUAAAAAGCAGUCCUAUAGCACAGACUAAUGUAAGCAUGAUCCGCAUUCCACUCUGCCAACACUAUCUUUUCGCAACGUACUCGUGGGAUGAAAAAAAGGGUUGAAAAAUGCAGGCAGAGUAGACUGUAGGCCAUGCUCACAAUCGGUCUAUCAUGAUGUCUCUAUAUGUUAGAAACUGCUCUGUACGCGGUUGCGCAAAGUGCCUCGUGUAACAUGGCGUUAAAACUGAACUUAAGUUACGUUUACCAGGAGACAAGAUGA